GUCAGGAACGCCCAACAACCUCCACAACCUUAUUCUGCUACCUUCGUGCGCCAAUCUUCUCAUUCAACAACCCCCCCCUCCCACCACCUCGAUUCAACAUCCCAUCAAUCAAAUUAACAUAAUGAGCUACAUCUUGACCCUCUCCUGCCCCGACCGCCCGGGCAUCGUGCACGCGGUGACGGGCUACCUGGUGCAGAACAACCUCAACAUCAUCGACUCGUCGCAGUUCGGCGACCCGACGUCGGAGCGGUUCUUCAUGCGCGUGCACUUCAAGUCGGAGAGCACGCCGGCCCCCAGCCUCGAACAGCUGCAGGAGGCCUUCCAGGCGACGGCGGACAAGCUGGCGAUGACCUUCGAGCUGGUCUCGGCGACGGCCAAGCCGCGGGUGCUGAUUAUGGUGUCGAAGAUUGGCCACUGCUUGAAUGAUUUGCUCUUCCGCGCCUCGACCGGCCAGCUGGCGAUCGAGAUCCCGCUGAUUGUCUCCAACCACCCGGACUUCGCCACCCUGGCCGCGACCUACAACAUCCCCUUCAUGCACCUGCCCGUGACCGCGGCGACCAAGUCGGAGCAGGAGGGCCGGAUUCUGGAGCUCAUCGCGGAGCACAAGAUCGAUUUGGUGGUGCUGGCGCGCUACAUGCAGGUGCUGUCGCCCAAGCUGUGCGAGGCCAUGUCCGGCAAGAUCAUCAACAUCCACCACAGCUUCCUGCCCAGCUUCAAGGGGGCCAAGCCCUACCACCAGGCCUACGACCGCGGCGUCAAGAUCGUCGGCGCCACCGCCCACUUCGUCACCAGCGACCUCGACGAGGGCCCGAUCAUCGAGCAGAAUGUCGUGCGUGUCAACCACGCCCUCAGCCCCAAGGAGCUGACCCACGCCGGCUCCAACGUUGAGAGCAACGUCCUCGCCACGGCAGUCAAGUACUUUGCCGAGCACCGCGUGCUGCUGAACGGACACAAGACCGUGGUGUUCAACUAAGCAGCGACGUAAAACAAGUUUAUAUACUAUUCCAUAUAAAGCAUCAUAUACUUCUAAUGUGCCUGUAUCUCAGCCCUACCUGACCAACCAACAAUUGAAGAGGGAGCGGGAAGAGGGAGAAGAAUGAAUUCUACUAAAUGUACAUAUCUGACCCAACCCCCUAUUUGACACUUCGUAAU